GAAAAAGCAGUUAGCAAUAACUAGUCUGUGGACAAAUACAGCACGCGGCCCAAGUAAGUAACAUUUUUGGAAGGACUAUUCCCCGACCAUGCCGACUGAUACAAAAAGGGUACGUGGCCCAGAAGUGUCUCAAAGUCCAUCUCUCUUUCUGUGUAAAACCGCGGCAAAGAAGUCCACCGCUUCCAACGACGCCAGAGUAGAUGGCAGGCAGCGUGGUCAAGUGGAUGUCCGUUCAGUGUUUGUCCGAUGUGGGCUGAUAAGUCAAGCCAAAGGUUCAGCUUACAUUGAAGCUGGGAACACGAAGCUGAUCUGCUGUGUGUAUGGACCCAGAGAGACUGAGCGCAAGGAUGAGACCGAUAUGAAAUCCGGAAGACUGAUUACUGACAUGAGAUUUGCCCCAUUCUCUUGUCGAGAGAGAGGCUCGUGGAUUCAAGGUAGUGAUGAAAAGGAUCUGUCACUGAUGCUAUUGGAGAGCCUGAGGCCAGGAGUGUGCUUGCAGAAGUAUCCUCGCUCUCAGAUUGAAGUAAAUGUGAUGGUCCUUGAAAACGACGGCGCCGUCCUGGCACAUGCAGUCACCUGUGCGUCCAUGGCGCUGGCGGACGCAGGUAUAGAGAUGUACGAUCUGGUUCUUGGAUGCUCAAUCCGUCAGGAAGGUGCCACAUACCUUAUCGACCCUACCUUUCUGGAGGAAAAUGGAUGCAACUUGGCUUCAGGAUCCAGGGAGAAUUUGGGAAGCCUGACAGUUGCAUUUCUGCCAAGUCUGAACCAGAUUUCUGGACUACAAUCGGAUGGCGAGAUGGGCGAGGACACCCUGACUGGGGGUGUGCGCACAUGCAUUGAGGGGUGUUUCAAACUCUACCCUGUCAUUCAGCAAGCACUGUCCAAGGCAGUACGAAGAAAAGCACCACCAUCAGAGAGCUGAGAGACUGAAACGUGUUGCAUGAUGAUCUCUAGUUUAGGCAGCUGAUCGUCUAGGCUUGAUGUGCAUUCCUGAAUAGAGGAUACUUUAUGUAUGAGCAGGUCCAUGGGGGCCACGAGUGUAUUACUGGGAAUGUACAUCAAGCCAUGAUAGUGUGCAGAUCUAGCACACUAUCGGCUGCCUAGGUUAGAUGAAAAAAUGUUUUGUAAAAAUAAGAAAAAAGUCAACAUUUGUCAAUUUUUACUGUUUUGACACGUCAGACUCCAUGCAUAGAUUUAAAAAUAAAUAAUUUACU